GGAGGGGUUUGUUGUGCUUAUGGAGGUGUGAAGUAAAGAUGUAAAAGAAGCUAUCGCGCCUUGUCUGAUUGUUAUAAGAGUUUUGUAGUAACACUUCCUUUAAAAGUGAAGUCAACCGAACCAUCUCACUGCAUUAAAUUUGAACAAUCACAGAAUGAGGACCAGACCACUUUUAUUCUUCUAUCUGCUGCUGUGCUGUCAAUCUACAGCGAGUUUAAUUAAUAAACAAGUGAUUUUAGGUGAAAAUGUGACGUUAGACUGUGAUAUUGAUGUUAAAGAGAUUUAUUGGCUUUUUCUAAAACCGCCAGAAUCUCUAGUGAUGAUAUUUCGUACAUUCACACCAGACUCUACAUCACCUAUGUUUACUGAUCAAAGACUCAGACACAAAUAUUCAUCACAAACUUACAGUCGUUUGUUUAUUAGUAAUAUAACAAAAGAUGAAUUAGGAAUAUAUUAUUGUGCAAAACUAUACUCAUCAGCUCUAAAUAUCGGCAAUGGAACCAAACUUUACAUCUCUGAAGCUAAGACAGAAGAUAAUGAUCAACUACAACACUCGAAGAACUGCACAGCCACAACACAACAUCCAGCUCUGACAAUUACAUCCAUUUUACUAAUUGUCAUGCUCCUCAUCAUAAUAAUAGGUCUGUUGAUGGCAAGAUGUCGGAAACCAAGAAAAGGUGCCAAACCACAGCCGAAUGCUGAAGUUGAGUUUGAGCAGAUUAAGGACCUAAAUAUAGCCGAGUUUACAGAAGUGGAGUUUCGUCUGUGUGAAUAACAUUGCAGCGAAGCCGGCAGCAUUUUUACAUCACAAACAACAACAAAAUGAAGACAAACAUAAACACAAUAUGAAUCCGUCUGUCUGUAUAGCCUAACAAUACUUUAUUAUUAAAGGUGUUGAAAAACAUUGUUAAAAAUGUACAGG